GGGGAGAAAAUGUGUUUUUUUCCUUUAAACUUUAUUAUAGCUAGCUGUAACCGAUUUACAAAUUAAGCAUAAGCGGAUCUGCGGGUGUAUGUGUGAAAACGCUGCACACGAAGUUAAAGUUUAAGCAGAAAGUUUUGAUAGCUGCCUGCAGACUUGUUGCACUGGAGUUUGCGCGUCUUUGUCGUUCCGCCUUGAAAGGUGAGGGCGCUCCUUCCAGUCCAAGGAUGCUUUCUCGCACACUGUCUGACCCCCACAUCGACAAGCCACUUCCUCUUUGUCUAAUUUCAUGGCGAUCGGGAGAGAGGGAACACCGCCGACGCACGCACACUGUCUGAGCACUCCUCAAAGAGUUUAUUCGGGUGUAAACUAAGUUGUGAACCUGACUGGUGCACCAGACGCUGUUCUCCAGGUGAAAAUACGUGGACGUCAUUAAAGGGGCCCUGCCAGCACUUGGAUCUGUUCUUUCUGUGUCCCCGGGUUUAGACUGCUUGGUGUAUGGCUCUGAUGGACAAGCACAAACAAAUCAAGCGGCAGAGACUUGACCGCAUUUGUGAGGGUAUCCGACCCCCAAUCCUGAAUGGGCCGAUGCACCCUCGGCCUCUGGUGGCCCUGCUGGACGGGCGUGACUGCACUGUGGAGAUGCCCAUCCUGAAAGAUGUGGCCACAGUGGCUUUCUGUGAUGCCCAGUCUACACAAGAGAUUCACGAGAAGGUGCUAAACGAGGCAGUGGCCGCUCUACUGUACCACACUAUCACUCUAUCCAGAGAUGACUUGGAAAAGUUUAAAGGCCUACGAGUAAUUGUCAGGAUCGGCUCUGGCUUCGACAACGUUGAUGUCAAAGCAGCCGCCGAGCUGGGCAUCGCUGUCUGUAACGUGCCAGCAGCCUCAGUGGAAGAGACAGCCGACACUUCGCUAUGUCUGAUUCUCAACCUGUACAGGCGAGUAACCUGGAUGCACCAAGCUCUAAGGGAGGGGACCCGCGCUUCUAGCGUGGAGCAGAUCAGGGAGGUGGCUGGUGGCGCCGCUCGUAUCCGGGGGGAAACGCUGGGCAUUAUUGGUCUAGGGCGUGUUGGUCAAGCAGUGGCUCUGCGGGCAAAGGCCUUUGGUUUUGGCGUGAUCUUUUAUGACCCUUACCUGCCCGAUGGCGUGGAGCGCUCACUCGGCCUGCAGAGAAUGGCCACUCUGCAGGACUUGCUGAUCCACUCUGACUGUGUGUCCCUGCAUUGCAGCCUCAAUGAGCACAACCACCAUCUCAUUAAUGACUUCACCAUCAAACAGAUGCGUCAAGGAGCCUUCCUGGUGAACACAUCUAGAGGCGGUCUGGUGGAUGAGAAAGCACUGGCUCAGGCCCUAAAGGAAGGCCGGAUACGAGGUGCCGCCCUGGACGUCCAUGAGACAGAACCCUUCAGUUUUUCAACAGGCCCUCUGAAGGAUGCCCCCAACCUGAUCUGUACCCCGCACACAUCUUGGUACAGUGAGCAGGCCUCUGUCGAGGCUCGUGAAGAGGCAGCCAGAGAGGUGCGCCGGGCCAUCACUGGGCGUAUCCCCGACAGUCUGAAGAACUGUGUUAAUAAGGAGUAUCUGAUGGCAGCCUCUCAGUGGCCCGGCAUGGAGGCCGCUACUGUUCACCCAGAACUAAAUGGAGCUGCCUACAGAUUUCCUCCGGGGCUGAUCAAUGUUGCAGCAGCAGGUGGCCUCCCAGGAGCUGCCGCAGGCGUUGAAAGUUUGGUUCAAGGAACCCUGGCACAUGGCAUCGCCCCCGUCUCCCACCCCCCUCACGCCCCAUCCCCGGGGCAACCUACUAAGGCCGAAGCCGACAGAGACAUCCCUUCCGACCAAUAGCCCCCCCCACCGCCGUCAGCACAUUCCGUCAUCUCUGGAAACCAACCCCCGCCUCCCAGGAUCAGACGCAACCCUACCCUCCAGUACAUCGGCAGCACUAGUUUGACCUGACGUGGCUCUACAGUCUUUUCUCAGAUCACAUAACCAGCCCAGGAGUGACCUGUCCACACCACAACAAUCCUCCCCACCACCACCACCCCCCCACACCCAGAACACACCCUUGCCUCCAUCCACCGGCUCACCCACCAUCCCCUCAUCUCCUUCACUCCCCCACUACGUCAGCAAUAACUGUGUUCUCAAGGAUUCAGUGAUUGGAUUGGUUUAUUUCCUUAGUUGGUUGUUGUUUUAAUGGAAAGUUGAUCUGCUCUGGUUCUAGAUGUUAAUGUUUGUUUGUUUAAAAAAGAAGAAAACAAGAAAAAAAGCAUUUCUGACACGAGGCUUUACAGUCUGCCUCCUGCAGUCCUCCUCUGACCACUAGAGGCACAGACACAGAAUGGUUGAAGCCCCACUUUUGUACAUUAAUGGCUCAUGUUACUGCUCUCUUCCUCUUUUCUUUUUCUUACCCUUUCCAUCUUUCUCAUGAUGGGGGGGAAGUGUGUACUGAAGUAAAAGAAGAAAACAGGACAGAAUCACAAACAGUACAUCCUCUUCUCCCUGCCAAGUAUCUAGCUAACCCUUUAGCCCACUUUGGCCCUUGUCUCUCCUCUGCGCUGUCAUCAGCUUGCUCAGCAGAGGGAUCCAUAAUGCUGUCAGUGUGGAGCUCUCUGACUGUCACAGUAUGUUUUUUAUCUGCUAAACUCGUCUGUGAGUAUUAAACCCAUUAUUCUUUGUCAACUUUCACUGCUGCGAUUGUCUAGUUUUAGGACAGUCAUCCCUGUAUUUACACACGCUUUUCCCCUUUUGGAUUGUGAUGUCAUGAGAUAAAAGCUCUGAGCGUCAUAUCAGAGAUGUACCUGCAUGUCCUGGUAUGAAUUUCUAUCUCUUGCCAGCAGUCUUGAGUGGUGUGUGUGUGUGUGUGUGUGUGUGUGUGUGUGUGAGAGUGUGCGAGUGAGUGUGUGAGGUCCUGUGCACCUGGUGCCCACAGGGCCUCGAUUGCAGCAGCUUUUCUGUUUUUCAUUUCCUUCCCGGCUGGAAACCCAGCAGCAUUUCAGCAGAGGGCGCUGUCUGGCUGCUCAGAGCAGAGGAAGCUGCCUGCAGCUUCUCUCAGUCACAGUUACAGGUAACCUUUAGUGACGAAGAACACGAUGACACACUGCCGACGUUCAAACCACAGGAGGGGUGACCAGGGAUAGAUUACCGCCUUAUUGUUAAGAUCGCGCCACAACCACCCACACACCCACUCAGCCACCCACCCUCCACUAUUCUCCCACUGUGAUGCUCCAACCCUAUACAUCUGCUCAUGAAUCCAUCAAUUCCUUCAAAGUGUGAGGGGACGGUAGAGAUUAGAUUCUCCGUAGGAGCAAAUGGGACAGUGUUCUUGCAUGCUGGCUCGUUAAUGACCGUGGCAUGGGUGUGUGUGUGUGCGCGCGCGAUAGUGUGGGUUUGCGUGCGAGUGUGUGUUUGUAUGUUCCCUCACCCUUAUAACAAGCUGUUGUCGUUCCAAAGGAAUAGCCCCUAGGAGUAACUCUUAAACGCUGUUGCCCUGGUGUCAUGGGAACACCACUUCUAGUACCUCAGUAACAGAUAUUGAAUGUACCGUGCAUACCCUUUUAUUUUUUUGUACAGAUUUUCUAGAUGCAUCUUUACUAUUCUUUACUAGAAGGGUUGUAAAAUGGUAGCAGUAAUGAUACAAUUUUAAAAAAACAAACAAAAAAAGCCCCAUAAAAUAAUUUGACAAUAUCUUUGUAAGUUCGAUAAGAUCAUCGAAUACUCAGGCAUUAAAACCAAUGCGUAUCUGUUUGCCUUUACCUUUUUAUUUCCUCAUUGUGGAAGAAUUCGGCACAGAUUCAGACUGUAGUUGAUGUGUUUCAGUCCCAAUCUUACUGGCUGAUGGAAAAAUGAGAAAAAAAGAAGGAAAAAAACAAAACAGAAGGCGAUCGUUGUGAUCUGCUAGUUUUCUUUUACUAGAACAGUAGUAGUAGGUGCUGUUUUGUUAUUCAUUUAAUCCCCCUUCGUCAAGCUGCUCUAUCUAUAGUGCAUGUGAGGUAAUUUUUAAGGGGAAAUACUAUUGCCCCCCCACUCCCUCCUACCAGACCCCACCGAGUGUUUCCAACCCGAGUUGCCAUGUUUGUCGUGGUCAGUUUCCAGUGAUGUACAGUUUCCCCCCUCAGAGUCUAUGACAGACGUGGAGCGCGUCUGUCCUGAGAUGUUAGGCUCCUCUGUCAUGUGAUGAGUAUAUAUUUUUAAUAAAUAACCCCCAUAGUUUGGAUUAUGAGCAUAAUAGUAAUCUUAAUUUUUUUUGCUGUUGAUGAUGAUGAUGAUGAUUAUAUAUAUAUUUUUUUCAGUUCAUCAGUGCACUGUUAUGAAAACCGUUCUGUUUUAUUUUAAUGGAUAUGCUGUCUGUGUUCUACAUGUUGUACUGAAACAUUUCAGAGAUCGAGAGAUCCCUCUUUCCCCCCUGGGCCCCAAUUUUUAUUAUUUUUUUCUUCUUAAAAGAAAUUUGUCUGAUCCCACCACCUUUUCUCUCCAGCUGAUAUCCUGUGGGCCUUACUUACUCUCUCCCCAUAAUAGUAGCUGUUAGAGAAAUUCGCCAUGGAACCACUCACUGCCUUAAUACAGUUGACCACAGCAGGUGAAGUCAGGAGACACACCCAGCCAAAAGAAAAAAGAAGAUUGGGCCACAUUCAAGGCCUCUCCGCAAAAAGCUCCUCACACCCCAGCAGGCCUAAAUCUACUGCACCUUGUGUUUUUUUAUCAGUGACGAACCACAUUUAGCCUUUUAGCUCAUUCUGCAGCACAUCAAUCCUGUGCUGUACAGCGUUAUUUUAAAUGUCUUUUUUCUUACUCCCUGGUUUAAUAGUUCAAAUCAGCCGGGCAGAGAGUGUAUGUGUGUUGGCUAACAGAUAAGCACAGUGUGAGUAUGCUCACAGCUGAUAUUUCACUCUUGGGCGUGAGACUGCCCCGCCACCGUUACCAUCACCGCUCUGCUGCUCUUAAAAGUCUUGGAGCCGGAGCCCCGGUGUGACUGGUAGGGGGAGGACAAAGCGGACUCUGGUGUGGUCUGUUGACAAAAAGCAAAAGGAGAAAAUUAUGGUGAGAGUUGGUCACUUUUUCUCUCUCAGGGUUCAAAAUGCACACAUAUCCUCCAGCAGUCGCCCUCUGUCUCUUGUCCCUCAUCCCAAGUUUUCCGCCCUGACAAUGUAGAACAGCCUCCUGCAUUUUUUUCCUUUUCUUGUUUUUGGAAACCGCUCUCCCCUUCGAUCCCUUUGUGCACAGGUCUGAACUUUUUUUUUCUUUUACUCUUUCAUUUUUGCUUUCUUUUAGCACUGACAUCUAACCAUCUAACAAGGAAUGAAUGAAUGAAUGCUUGGAAGUGACUGUGUGUAAUGUUAAAAUUGGGAAAUGUAUUUUUACAACAUGUGAACAUUUUUUUUUUCUUUCCACUCACUCUCAUUGUGAAUUGAUUUUUGUUUUGUUUUGUUGUUUUUUCUUUCACCAGACUGCAAAAACAAAACAAAAAAAAAACAAAUUAAAAAAAAUUCUCCUGUAACUAGACUCUUAAGCUUUAUUUUUUGUUUUGUUUACUUUUUUAUUAGAAACAAUCAUGUUUGUGAUGGUAACUUCCAAUGGUAAACUCCACACCGUAUUUUAAUAAAAUCUUAAAAAAUGAAA